CGACGUGUCACUAUACCGGCUUCCGUAGGCUGUCGUGGCGUGAAAACGUAGGCUAACAGUUGUGAGUGAUAUCAGAAGUGUAGCAGGAUUGAGCUUGUGUUCGUCUUAGACUCUGUUUAAAGAGCGAAGACGUUGUUUUUAGCAGUCAGGUGAGGUGACUGUAGGAGAAACACAGCUGAAGAUUAGACGGUAAAAUGAGGCGUGCAGGGUUGGGUGAAGGAGCUCCGCAGGGGAAUUAUGUGGCAAGCGGUUACAGCGUUUACGAGGAGGAGAACGAACAGUUACAAGAAGGUCUUAGAGCCAAAGUAAACGCACUGAAACAUCUCUCAAUUGACAUCGGGACUGAAGUCAAAUGCCAAAAUAAAAUGUUAUCAGACAUGGACUCGGACUUUGACUCAACUGGCGGUUUGCUGGGAGCCACCAUGGGCAGGCUGAAGCUGUUGUCCAGAGGAAGCCAGACCAAAAUCUACUGCUACAUGCUGCUUUUUGCUCUCUUUGUAUUCACUAUUCUUUACUGGGUGAUCAAACUGAGGUGAUGGAAGGACUAAUGAAUUUGACUGCUUUCAUGACGUCCUCUACCCUGCGUGCCACGUUCCACUGCAUCAGACAAACCGAAUCAGGCCAGUGAUGCCUUUGAGAUGAUUAACAUAAAGAGUCUUUGAUGUGUUCAAUAUUUACCACUCAACAGUUGUGCAAAAUCAUGGACAGAGGUUACCAGAAUUCCUCCCUGACACAGGUUAGUCAUUUUAGGAUGUAAAUUUUUGUAUUAUCAGUAUUCUUUGUGAGAUACAAAGGCUUUAAUGCAAUGCCAGUGUCAUUCUAGAUAUGCAGCUGUUUCCUAGGAUUAAUGAUCCUAACGCCUAAUGUUUUUCCACGGUUCAAUGCAUGCAUCAUCUGAGAGUGUAAUUGACUGUUGUUGUUUUUUUUCCCUAUAAACUGGCUGAAAACAAAGAUGUUAGUUUUAUAUAAAUGCACGGGUCCAGGAUCUGCUGCAGGUCCCAGAACAGGAAAUCAGUGAGAAAAAUAUUGUCUAUUUUGUCAAGCAAUUAUUCAUCAAGCUUGUUGGCUAUGCUUGGCAUAAGCAACUUAUUUAGCUGCCCUUGAUCUUUCAGAAUAAUUGUGACAAGUCUGUACUGAAUGCACAAAAGCUCUUAAUUAUAGCGAGGACAGGACAUUUCACUGUUCAAGGAAAUAUGUAAACAUUAAAAAUGUUUUCUGAGGGGGAAAAACAAUAGUGAUAUAAAUGAUGAGAAAAUUUUCAUCUUUUCUAACUUUAAGAUUUUAAUCCUUUUUCUGUUUAAUUUAAGAAUUUGAGUUCUGAAUAUGCAGAACACAUCUGAAGCUUAACAGUUCUGGACUAAUAAUGUUGGAUUUCUCACAGAAUUGUGAUUUGUACAGUAUGUAAGAGAAAAAAUGUUAGGCAAUAAAUGUUGAAGAAAGCAA